AUGGAGAAAUCACAAUGUAGGACUUUUGCUAGCAAGUAUGGUAAUAUUUUGGAUUUGGCAAUGGUAGAGGUACCUGUUGACGUUGUUAUGGCCUUAAUCCAAUAUUAUGAUCCACCUCUAAGCUGUUUUACUUUUCGAAACUUUCAACUGGCUCCUACUAUAGAAGAGUUCGAAGAGAUCAUGAGGUGCCCUUUGGGAGAUAAAAAACCAUAUAUGUUCUUAGGACAUCAUCCAGCUGUAUCAAAGGUGGUCUCGGUGCUAGCAGUAGAGGAGCAUGAAUUAAUAAAGAAAAAGCAAAACAAAAAUGGUGUGGAGGGAUUUCCACUAUCCUAUUUAGAAGGUAUAGCUCGAUUGUUGGCAGCUAGAGGGAAUUGGGAGACUUUUAUGGAUGCGCUCGCCACCAUGUUGUAUGGGAUUGUAUUGUUUUCGAGAUGCGAGGAGUUUAUAGAGUUUGCAGCAAUUGAUGCAUUCUUAGCCUUCAAACACAGAGGAGAAAGUUUUGUGGUUUCUAUCUUAGCAGAUGUACUUCAUACAUUGAAUGUAUGCCAUGCAAAAAAGGGCGAGAAGGUAUUAUGUUGCGUACAAGUUCUCUACGUUUGGUUAGUCACUACUAUCCUUAAGCAAGCUGACGGUUCAUUUUGUCCUUUUGAAAAUUUUAGAAAUUGUUUCUCCAAGAAUGACAUAAAUUGGCAGUCAUAUUUGGCGUGCUUAGAGGAAUCAAAGAUUAUAUGGUGCUCAAAGUGGAAGAACGUCUCUAAAAUGAUAUGGCAUUAUGGAAAUUUUCCCAAUGUUCCUCUUAUGGGGACAAGGGCGUGCAUAAGUUAUAAUCCUAUAUUGGGAAUGAGGCAACAUGGAUAUCCUAUUCGGGGAGCGCCAUUAGAAAAUGCUAUCACUCCUUUUCUAAUACCAAGCUUGAGUUUGGAAAAUGGAGAAAUGUUGGCGAAGGUUCGACGGGCUUGGGACAAAAUGAUAAAAAAGGCCUUGACCAUUAAAAGCAAAGAGGAUGUUGAAGGUAGUUACAAGCAGUGGUUACAGAGAAGAGUUCACACUAUUGGACUACCAAUUCCAGAGUGGGGCAUGAAUAUUGAGGAGGAUGGCGAGCUUCCCCAAAACCUUGAAGAAGUUCUGAGGUUAGAAGCCACCUUAGAAAAGAUGAAAAAUGAAAAGGAGAAGCUUCGAGAAACAUUAGAAGAAACUAAAGUAGAAAAGAGAGGCUUCAAGAACGUUAGAUGA